UCCCCCCACCCUGCAGCCACCUACUCUCCCUUACACAUGCUAAUGCUGCAGCUCCAUUCAUGCUGUUGGUGGCUUUGUCACCGGGGGAGGGAGAGGCUCGGAGCAUUAAGCAGCAGCUGUAUGCAUCUCACUAAAUUGACUCCCGGAUGGCUGCCAGACUCGACCUUAUUUCGCUCUCUCUUCUUUUUUCUUCUUCUUCUAUCGUUCUGCAUUUUCCCUCCUAACUCGUGGUCGGAUAAAGGAGCAGGAGGACGAGGCGCUGAUGUUGAAUUUGGAGGCUUUCGGCUGUAAAGUGUGGCGGCUUUCUCUCAACAAGUGGCUGAUGGAUUUAAUGCACUUGGAUAGCAUUUCCACACUGAGCUCAUUAGCCCGGGGGGCUCACGGGGCUUUGUGUCCGCCGCUCUAAGGAUUUAUGGCUCUGAUGAGAAGGGACUCUCUUAAUCAGAUUCGACGCUCCCAGCUGUCAUUCAGUGUUGGCGGCACGCUGUGAGGAAAAGGCUGCACUGGGCCGUGCCUCUGCGCUCCUCAGACACUCGUCCUUGACAUCCAAAUGCUGCGCGUCGAUCGUCGAGCCGGCCGCCUUCUGUGAGUUAUGACGACGGCUGCUUCUGCGACUCAGGAACGAGGCUCCUCCUCCGCUCAGCACUGAGAAAAACAAUCACAUGAUGUGAUGAAGAAGGGUCCUGGAAGUCUGCUCUUCAAAGAGUCCGCCGGCAGGAUAUGAGUAUUUUGAGCCCUGUGACGGAUAGCAAAUCAAACCUUGUGGGAAUUGUGGGAGGCCCAGAAGAAUUCUCCAGAGUCAUGCAGUCAGAGGAGCUGUUCAGCAGGAAACUCAAAGCCCUGAACGGCAACAUGGGACCGCCAGUCUCCAACAUGCAGGGAAAGCCCGACGUCACAGGCAAAACAAACGGUAAUCCAGCCAUGCCUAAGAUGGGCGUCAGAGCGCGGGUGACAGAAUGGCCGCCAAGGAAAGACGGAUGGGACGGACGGCCUUCACCGAACUAUCAGAGUGUGAUACCCGUGUUUCAGAACGGACAGCAGGAUCACACUGUGGAAAUCCUGGAGCAGGAACAAGUGUGUGUGGAGCUGGAGUACUCUGACAAAUACUCACUGAGUGACCUGCUCAGCCACUCCCCGCUGAAGGGUCUCCACCCCAUCCGUCAGCGCAGCAACAGCGAUGUGACCAUCAGCGACAUCGACUCUGAGGACAUAAUGGACCAGCACGCCGUCAAUCCGAACACGGGGGCCUCGCUGCACCGGGAAUACGGCAGCACGUCGUCCAUCGACCGGCAGGGUCUGAGUGGAGACGGCUUCUUUACCAUGCUCAGGGGCUACAGAGUGGACACCCUGGACCACCGCAGCAUACCCCCUUUAGGUUUCCCCGAGCUGUUGCGCUGCGACGCCUCGCUCUCCCCGAGCCUGCAAACGGCAGCGCAGAUCGCCCGGGGUGAGAUAGUCCACAUUCCGGGAUACGACUACAUAGACAGCUCGCUCCUGUACAGCCGGGAGCGGGAGAAGUCCUUCAUGAGACGUCUGAAAUCAGAAUCCUCGGAGACGUCUUUGUUCAGGAAGCUUCGGACCAUAAAGAGCGAGAGCGACGCCCUGCGGCUCUCCAUAGAGGAGGACAGACGACCACUCAGCUUUCAGAAGUGCUUUGCGCAUUACGACGUCCAGAGCGUCCUCUUUAACAUCAGUGAGGCCGUCGCCAGCAGAGCCACCCUGAGCCAGAGGAAGAACACCACGACGGGGGCGUCGGCGGCCUCGGCCGGACCCGGAGCUGGAGGACUUCCCGGAGUUGGAGUCGGGCCUGGACCGGCAGCAGGAACAGACCCUGGAGCAGCAGGAUGUAGCAGUGGGAAUGUCCCCAUGUUCGAGUCCCCUCUGGGCAGCAGGGAGGACUUGAACCCCAAAGAGAACCUGGACGCUGACGAAGGCGACGGGAAGAGCAGCUCUCUGGUGCUGAGCUGUCCUCACUUUCGCAACGAGAUCGGCGGCGAGGGCGAGAGGAGGAUCUCGCUCUCCAGAGCCAACAGUUCAAACUACAGCGGCCUAUCAGAGAGCUGCUCUUUUGAAUCCUCUUUAAGUUCCCACUGCACCAACGCAGGAGUAUCUGUGCUGGAGGUACCGAGAGAAAACCAGCCCAUCCACAGGGAGAAGGUCAAACGCUACAUCAUCGAGCACAUCGACCUGGGAGCAUACUACUACCACAAGUUCUUCUAUGGAAGAGAGCAUCAGAACUAUUUCGGGUUCGACGACAAUCUGGGACCGGUGGCGGUCAGCGUCCGCAGGGAGCGUCUGGAUGACGGGAAGGAGAAAGAAGGGAUGCAGUUCAACUAUCGAGUCACCUUCAGAACCAGCCAGCUGACCACGCUGCGUGGAGCCAUCCUUGAGGACGCCAUUCCAUCGACAGCGCGACACGGGACGGCGCGCGGCCUGCCGCUGAAAGAAGUGCUGGAGUACGUGAUCCCUGAGCUGAACAUCCAGUGUCUGAGACUCGCCCUCAACUCCCCCAAAGUCCCAGAGCAGCUCCUGAAGCUGGACGAGCAGGGGCUGAGCUUCCAGCACAAGGUGGGGGUGCUUUACUGCAAGGCGGGGCAGAGCACGGAGGAGGAGAUGUACAACAACGAGAGCGCUGGUCCGGCUCUGGAGGAGUUCUUGGAUCUGCUCGGCCAGAGGGUGCGGCUCAAAGGCUUCACAAAGUACAGAGCUCAGCUGGAUAACAAGACCGACUCCACGGGCACUCACUCCCUCUACACCACCUACAAGGACUACGAGCUGAUGUUUCACGUGUCCACCAUGCUCCCCCACACGCCCAACAACAGACAGCAGUUACUAAGGAAGCGGCACAUCGGGAAUGAUAUCGUCACCAUCGUGUUCCAGGAGCCCGGGGCCCUUCCCUUCACUCCCAAACACAUCCGCUCUCAUUUCCAACAUGUGUUUGUCAUCGUCAAAGUCCACAACCCGUGCACUGAUAACGUCUGCUACAGCGUGUCCGUGUCCAGGUCUAAAGACGUGCCUCCGUUCGGCCCUCCCAUUCCCAAGUCUGUAACCUUCCCAAAGUCGGCCGUUUUCAGGGACUUCCUGCUCGCCAAGGUCAUCAACGGCGAAAACGCAGCGCACAAGUCGGAGAAGUUCCGGGCGAUGGCGACUCGAACGCGGCAGGAGUACCUGAAGGACCUGGCCGAGAACUUUGUGAGCACGACGACGAUAGACAACGCCGUCAAGUUCAGCUUCAUCACGCUGGGCGCCAAGAAGAAGGAGAAGGUGAAGCCGAGGAAGGACGCACAUCUGCUCAGCGUGGGAGCCGUCACCUGGAGCGUGCGGGCGCGGGACUUCGGCCAGUCGGCGGACGUGGACUGUCUGCUCGGCAUAUCUAACGAGUUCAUCGUGCUGAUCGAGGAGGAGUCUAAAAACGUGGUGUUCAACUGCUCCUGUCGGGACGUCAUCGGCUGGACCUCGGGGAUUAUGAGCAUUAAGAUCUUCUACGAGCGCGGGGAGUGUGUCAUGCUGUGUGCUCACGACAACUGUGGGGAGGACAUCCGGGAGAUGGUGCAGAGACUGGAGAUCACCACCAGAGGUUGUGAGACGUCAGAGAUGACCCUGCGUCGGAACAGCCUCGGGCAGCUCGGUUUCCACGUGAACUUUGAAGGCAUCGUGGCCGACGUGGAGCCCUUCGGCUUCGCCUGGAAGGCCGGGCUGAGGCAGGGCAGCCGGCUGGUGGAGAUCUGCAAGGUGGCCGUCGCCACUCUGACACACGAGCAAAUGAUCGACCUGCUGCGCACGUCCGUCAGCGUCAAAGUGGUCAUCAUCCAGCCGCAUGAGGACGGCACACCAAGGAGGGGCUGCUCCGAGCUCUACCGCAUCCCCAUGGUGGAGUACAAGGUCGACAGCGAGGGAACACCCUGCGAGUACAAGACGCCCUUCAGGAGAAACACCACCUGGCAUCGGGUGCCCACGGCUGCCGGAGCACCUCUCUCCCGAGGCUCGCCCACGCAGGGACCCGACCGCCUGCAGUGCCAGCAGAUCCUCCAGCAGCACCAGGCGGCCAUCCCACGCAGCACCUCGUUCGACAGAAAACUACCAGACGGGUCCAGGAUGAUGCAGGACAUGGAGAACCCUCAGGUCACCUCGUGCAACAAAGGAGACCAGCACUACCGCAGCUCCCCCAGUAACCAGUCGUCCUCCAGUGAUCCGGGACCCUGCGGCAGCGGCACCUGGUCCCAGCAGCCGGGAUACGACGGGUGUCCCUCUCCGAUUCUCCAUGAGCGGGCGGGGGACAUCCAGGGGGGAGAUGGCGAGAUGCACAGGGAGAGAGAGCCCACCUUAGAGAGGACCCGGUCUGCAGAGGCCAAAUGGCACAUCCCCUCCACCAAGAUCCUGAACCCUCUGAAGCAGAGAGAGGGAGGAAAAGACUCUCCCAACAAGCUGUCCAGGACGGGCGAUAAAAACUCCAGCCACUCAAGUAGCAACACUCUCUCCAGCAACGCCUCCAGUAACAGCGACGAUAAGCACUUUGGCUCCGGGGACCUGAUGGACCCGGAGAUUCUGGGCCUCACCUACAUCAAAGGGGCGUCCACGGACAGCGGCAUCGACACUAAUCCCUGCGUGGCGCCCGGGGCCCGGGUGCUGCUGCAGGGCCGGGUCGGUGAGCAGGGCCACCCCUGGGAGCACCAGGAGGACGGGAUGUCGGAGGAGGAUCAUGGGAAGCUGUACCUGCCGCAGGGCUACGCCUCCGCCAUCAUGUCGAGUCAUGUGACAGAGGGAAGCAUCGGAGACCUGAGCGAGAUCUCAUCACAUUCAAGUGGCUCGCACCACUCGGGCAGUCCUCUGGCCCGCGGUGCCAGGUACUGUUUGUCCGCUGACUCCUCCAAGGUGUACACCAUCCCCCAGACCAGCAGCUCAGGGCCUGAUCCAGACCCAGAUCAAGAUCCAGAGGCAGAGGCAGAAGCAGAGCUGGGUCAGGGUCCAGUGCUCAGCUCAGAGGCCUGUGGACAGACACGUUCACAGCAGGGGGGGAAUCUCCCCGGGGACAUGAAGACGGCUGCUGAUGAUGAAGAAGAAGAAUCCCACAGCACUGAGGGACCUCCAAACAUUUCAGAGUGUGGAGGAGCCGAGAGCUUGUUAGCGUUUCUCCUCACAAUGCUGUCUGAGCGUUCAAGGCAGCUGUACGUGCAGGAGGCCUGCAGGAGUCAAGCUGCAGAGCGGGACGGAAAUUCACUGCAGAGACUCUCAAAGGAAGAGUAUGUGAAAAUGAUGCUGCCGGGGAGUCCUCCAGGAGAAGACGGGAGUCGGAAGGUGUCAGCGAUGGACAGUCUGUCCCCGAGGCGCUCUCUGUACCGGACGCUGUCAGACGAGAGCGUGUGCAGUAACCGUAAGGGCUCGUCCUACGCCAGCUCCCACAGCUCCAUGCUGGACCAGGCCAUGCCCAACGACAUCCUCUUCAGCACCACCCCCCCUUACCACAGCACGCUGCCUCCACGUAUGGUCCACAACCAGGGGGCGUCAAACCUGCGCAGUGAGUUUUGGUUCUCUGACGGCUCCUUGGCGGACAGGUCCAAGUUCAGCGACCCGGGCCUCAUGCCCCUCCCAGACGCUGCCUCAGGCCUGGACUGGUCUCACCUGGUUGACGCAGCACGAGCCUUUGAAGACCAGCGCGUGGCAUCCUUCUGCACCAUGACGGACAUGCAGCGGGCCGAGGCUCUGCACAUCUCCAGAGAGCUGACCAGACGAGUGGUGGAGGCGGAGGGAGCAGCGCUGGAAGCAGAAAGCUCUCCCUCCACGCUGACCGGCAAAGUGAACCAGCUGGAGGUGAUCCUCAGACAGCUGCAGCACGACCUCAGAAAGGAGAAGGAGGACAAGGCGAUGCUGCAGGAGGAGGUGCAGCACCUGAGACAGGACAACAUGCGGCUCCAGACGGAGAGCCAGACGGCGGCGGCUCAGCUCAGGAAGUUCACAGAGUGGUUCUUUCACUCUAUUGACAAGAAACCCUGAGAGAGAGAGAGAGAGAGAGAGCAAGAGAGAGAGCCGCUGAAUGAAAGAUGGAAAGAGAGAGAGAAAGCUGCAGCGAGAGAGAGAAACAGAGAUGGCCUUCACUCCUCCUGGGCUCCCACUCAAAUUCUACUUAAGACUCCCAGACGAUCCGAACUUUAAAAGGAACCCUUACCGGCCCCCAGACUCUUUAAAAAAAGCCCCGGCUCAGGAGACUCUAGUGCAGCCCUGUGUGGUGGAACUGAAACCCUGAUCUGUACCUCUGUUUUUGGGAUCCUCUCCAGUCUGAACUGCAGGGCUGUUUCUGACGUUAACGGUUUCUCCAUCCCAGCAAACGAGACUCUUGGGAAACCUCCUCAUCUCCAGCGCCAGGGAGAGGAAUCGAGCACGGCAGCCCCCAGGGGCCCCCGCUGGAGUCCCUGGGAUCUUCUUACAGUAGUGGAAUGUAAAGCUCAUUUACUGUAGUCAACAUUUAAUCUACCUACGUAUGUCCCGUCAGUCUACUGUACUGUAUUCUCAGCUGUACUGUAUCAUACUGCGCACACUGUCACACAGCUGUUUCUGUGCAGAGAGGGGGAGGGGGGGGAGGGGCGAGGAGGGGAGGAAUGUACUGGACUAAAUGAAGUGGUACUUACUGUCUGCUUGCACCAAGAGGAAUCCACAUGUGGCGGUCUUGAAACGUACAGCGGGAGGUAAAAAAUGAAUGUAGCUCAACUGAGACCCUUUUCUUUCUGGAUUCCCAAAGUCACAAGUGAUUCACGUUUCUGAAGCUCUGGGCCACGUCGUCAUUGAUUGGUUGAUUCCACUUCUUUCCUUUUUUUCCUCAGUGUUGUAAUGUAGGGUCACACAGCAGUAAUUCUUUGGUGUUUUUUAAAGGUGCUUUUCCCUACACACGUUUGUCAGUAGUUUCCAUUCACUGUCACAAUGUCCUAGCAAUAACAAAGUGGUAGUUUGAAACUGUGUUCAAAAAAAAAAGAAGAAGAAAAAGAAAAAACGAAGUUAGCACAAGCGUGUAGAGUUCCUGUGGAGAAGCAGUCGUACUUGACGUGUAUUUAUAAAACAGGAAACAGACUGUGCCUAAAACUCUCGGUUGUAAAUGGAUUGUUUCUUUUUGCUUUUAUUUCUCUUUUAUAAACACAUGCCUUGUCUGUGGCUCACUGAUAUAAAGUCGUGUGUGUGUGUGAAUGUGUGUGUGCGUGCGUGAGUGUGCGUAGGUUAUCACAGCUAAACGUGUUCUUAUGCAGUGGUUUCUAGAGCAUUAGAGCAGGCGCCAGUGAACCACACUUACAAUGCCAAAUGUGUUUAUUUGUGUACAUAUCUGCCACAGAAGUGUCUUGUAUUUAACACUUUAAUUUAAGCUUAUUUAACCUAAAGUUGUUUAUUUUAUUAAGGGUAUUUGUUUGGUUCUGCACUAAGGAGAGAUACAGCUCUGUGUAUGUUGUAAAGUGUGUAGCUUGCCAGGGCAACAAAACUAUAUAUUUAAAUAUAUAAAUGAUGAUUUUUGGAGAUUCCAACAUUUGGAUGCUGCUAGAUUACAGUUUGCUGGUUUGUAUGCUUUUAAAAAUGUCUCUCUCUGUAAACGGUCUCCUCCCGGGUGGGACACUGGUUGCUUUACUUGUUUUUGUUCUACUUUUUGUUCAUGUUUUUUUUUAAAUAAAUGUAGUUGGAAAAAUAA